AUGGAGGUUUACCAAGAUUUCGAUGAAAAACGUGGUGAAAAUCGAGCAAAAGAGGAAUUUAAUGGCCUCCUAUGUGCCGCUUUAGCGGUACCUGCUGGGUCUGCUCCCUCCAUUAAAGCGGACAAAGAGCCACUUAAGCAACCCCCACUUUUGCAGACUGGGCUCUACUUUAGCAGACCAGCUGGCAAGCUUGGUCACUUAAGCGAUCGGUUUCAAGAUCUUUGUUUGUGCACGUUUUGUUCUCAUUCUUUUCUUCAAGAUUCUCUCAGAUUCCUUGUGAAGAAUCUGCAUUUGCUUCAAUCUGGCCAACAUGAUGCAACAUCACCUUCUCCAAAUACUGACGGCCUUAAGGAGGAAAAAAAGCCGAAACCUUUAAAGAAAACUGCGCCAACUAAAGCUGAUGGAAAUGCAGAAUCACCUUUGAGUCCUGCUGCAGAUGCCAAGCCUCGCAAAGUAGGUGCUCUUCCAACAUACAGUAUGAGUUUCAAGUGUUGUGAAAGGGCUGAGAAAAGGAGGGAGUUUUACUCUAAGCUUGAGGAAAAAAUCCAUGCAAAGGAAGUCGAGAAGAGUAAUUUGCAAGCCAAGACUAAGGAAACUCAGGAAGCCGAGAUCAAAAUGUUAAGAAAGAGCUUAAAGUUUAAAGCAACCCCAAUGCCAAGCUUUUAUCAGGAACCUCCUCCUCCCAAGGUGGAAUUGAAGAAGAUACCAACAACAAGAGCUAAAUCCCCCAAGCUUGGCUGGAGAAAGAGCUCUCCUACCAGAGAGGUGAAUGAUGCUGCCAUGCACACAAGUAGGUUGAGCUUAGAUGAAAAUGCAUCUCAAAAUCCUGCUAAAGGACAUUCUCCAGACAAUGUCAAGAAGCCUACACGGAAGUCUCUUCCAAAGCUGCCAUCUCAAACAAUCAACUUAUUAAGUAAUACAAAAAAGACCUCCAUCAAAACGAGCAUAUCCAAGGAAACAAAUGAAGCUGCAGCUAACAACAUGAGUGAAGUUGCUUCUCAACCAAGCAGCGUACUUGAGCAAACAAAUGAAAUUGAAACAUAUGUUCAAGAGCAUGAAGCUACAUCUGCUAUUGAAACAAGCCAAAUUAAGACUGUUGAAGCUCAAUCAGAGACUAGUGUGGUGCAUCAACCCAUUGCAGUGGAGUAGUGGAAGCAAGCACAGAAACUGUAGCAGAUAUUCAUGAAGCACCUUCACUUCCCCUUUGCCUAAAAUAGUGAAAAGGUACGAAUAAGGCUUGGUUCGUUUGACAAAUGAGGGUAUGGAAGGUAUUUUACUAAGCAUAAUGAUGUUUUGUCCAUAGCAUCAAGGUUGGUUGUCCAGUGUUCUUUUUCUUUCAAGAUUACUGGUUUGGUCAUUUAAAGUGCAGGCAGCUUCGGCACGUUUUAAGAUUGUCAUUUGCACCUUUUCUUUGGGCUAAUUAUGAUUUAGAUGGGUAAUCGAAAGUUUUAAGAAUUGUCUUGAAGCAGCUCAAGUCUUGAAUUAGUAGAUACUUUGGUACUCAUUGGGCUUGUACUGGCUGGUGGAACUGUUCUGUUGAACAUCAUAGUUUUUGUUUGUUAAUCAAGAUGUAUUUAUAAAA